AUGGCCGCUGAUACCCCCGCGAAGUCCGGUCUGGCCGUUGGCCUCAACAAGGGCCACAAAACCACCCCCCGUGUUGUCAAGCCCCGUGUUUCCCGAACCAAGGGUCACCUGAGCAAGCGCACUGCUUUCGUCCGCGAGGUUGUCAAGGAGGUUGCCGGCCUUGCUCCCUACGAGCGCCGAGUCAUCGAGUUGCUCCGCAACUCCAAGGACAAGCGUGCCCGUAAGCUCGCCAAGAAGAGACUCGGUACCUUCGGUCGUGCCAAGGCCAAGGUCGACGAGCUCCAGCGUGUCAUCGCUGAGUCUCGCCGUGCUGGUCACUAA